AUGUUCUACUUCGGCUAUGAGAAUUACAUGGAGCACGCCUUCCCCGCUGAUGAAUUGGAUCCAAUACACUGCACUGGGAGAGGACAUGAUCAUAGCAACCCGUCCAACAUAAACAUCAAUGAUGUUUUGGGUGAUUACUCCUUGACUCUGAUCGAUUCGCUGGAUACUUUGGUAGUGCUAGGAGAUCACGAAGAAUUUAAGCGAGCAGUAUCUCUUGUCAUCAAUACUGUGACAUUUGAAAAGAACACUACUGUGCAGGUGUUCGAGGCAACAAUCAGGGUCAUCGGGUCUUUGCUAUCUGCUCACUUGAUCGCAUCAGAUGAGUCUCGUAUGUUAGGAGACUUUUACAUGCCCGAGUAUGAUGGUGAACUGCUAACCCUAGCUCAUGAUCUAGCUGCACGUCUCCUUCCCGCAUUUGAGGGUACUAGAACGGGUAUACCAUAUCCUCGGGUAAAUUUGAUGCGUGGUGUACUUCCUGAUACUAUAGAAGAGACCUGUACAGCUGGAGCUGGUUCUCUUUUGGUAGAAUUCGGAAUUUUAUCACGUUUAUUAGGAGAUCAGACGUUCGAACGUACUGCUAGACGAAUUAAUGAAAGAUUAUGGCAACAUCGCGACGAAAAUACAGGCCUGCCAGGUAAUGUCAUAAAUAUACAAACUGGAGAGUGGGUUGGACACCUGAGCGGCGUUGGCGCUGGUUUGGACUCAUUCUAUGAAUAUUUCUUGAAAGCAUACAUCUUAUUUGGGGAACCACGGGAUCUGCAGCUAUUUAAUGAAGCUUAUGAUGCUAUAUUGGCUAAUAUGCGACGCGGAAGGAUUUAUUGUAAUUCCCAGGAUGGUGAACCACCACUGUUUGUGAAUGUCGAUUCACGGGAUGGUAGUACGGCCAAUACAUGGAUUGAUGCAUUGCAGGUUAUCUUCACAGUCCUGUCUUAUUUAAUAAUCUAUCAAAACAUUCAGGCU